CGCCGGCCGAGGGGCCAGCCUGCCCCCUCCGCCGCCCUGCCUUUCUGCCUGCCGGGGGGGCUAAGGGGGCAGAGGAGGAGCUUGAGAAAAGUUUUGGGCUAAAAACCCACCUUUUUGCUGCCAGCCGAGCCCGACGUCAGGGGCCGCUGUGCGCUGCGCAGGGAUCCGCACGCGGCCGCCACACAAAGGCAGCAGCUCCGCACCGCGCUGCUCCGCUCCGCACCGCAGGCAGGAUGCAGGUUCGGGGCCUCCUCCUUCUCCUGGUACUGAUCCUGCUGGCUGCCACCACCGAGGCUGGCAAAACCAAGAAAGAGAAGGCAAAGAAGGAUGGCUCCAAGUGUGAGGAUUGGCGCUGGGGACCUUGUGUUCCCAACAGUAAGGACUGUGGCCUGGGCUACCGUGAGGGAACUUGCAAAGAUGAGAGCAAGAAGCUCAAGUGCAAGAUCCCCUGCAACUGGAAGAAGAAAUUUGGAGCUCUGAUGCCUGUCCCCUCUCAUCCAGCUGACUGCAAGUACAAGUUUGAGAGCUGGGGAGGGUGUAGUGCUCAGACAGGCUUGAAGACUCGCUCAGGCAUCCUGAAGAAAGCCCUGUACAAUGCCCAGUGUGAGGAGAUCGUCUCUGUGACCAAGCCCUGCUCUUCCAAGAUCAAGUCAAAGUCCAAAGCAAAGAAGGGCAAGGGGAAGGACUAGAACAGGAAGCCAUCAUCUUCAUCGGGCCCUAAACAUUGUGCCUACAGGACUGGAUGCCCAGCUGCAGCUGGCCCAUGCUACAGUCUUCCUUCUCCUCUCCUUCCUCCUUUCCAUAACCUCCUGUUUCACUGAAAUGCCUUGUUUUAAUCAUUAGUGUUGUAGAGAGCAAACCCAUCCACCCACCACCCUGCAGGAGAGGCUGCUUCCGUCCUUGCUACCCCACUGCCACUGCCAAUGCCUCUCACUCAUCUCCUCUCGGCUCGUGUUGGGGUUCGCUGGGAUGUGCCCAGAGAGCUGGGAUGGGAACACACCUUUUUCCACCCUCCAGCACAAAUGAGUUGCCUUUAGCACAUCCUUUGGCAAGUCCAGGAGCCUUAUUGUUCCUCCACCAGCUACCGGUGACAGAGGGAAGGGGUGGGUGUUGAAUGCCAGAGUAACUCCAUUACUCCUGCCCCUUACUCACUUGAGGACUGCUCUCAGCUCGGGAGGCUUAUUCUAGCAUCCCUUUGGCUCAGGGCACCUGCAGCUGAGGUAAACACAACCAUCACCCCCAGGAACCACUGUGUCUCCUCUCUUCUAUCCCUUCUAACCAUGUGUGUUCACACUGGGGCUGCAGCCCCUCUGCCUUUGCCACACCAACACUGGUGCUGGGUGGGAGCUCUCACUCCUUUUGGAAAUGGGGUUUGUUUUCUUUUCCAAUAAAAAUCUUUUUUUAAAAAGUAUCAGAACCAA